CAUUUCUUGGAAAAUAUAGGAAACUCGGGCGAAAGCACUUUUGAAAUUAGAAUUUCGUUCGAAAAAACUUAUUGCACCUCAAAAAUUUCAAGUUUUUCAACAAUUAAUUUAUAUCUUUGUACCAUCAUUAGAUAAUAAAACGAACAACAACGACACAAUUAAUAUCAACCGCUUUAAGUUUGUGUGUAAAAGCUUGCAGUGCCGGAAUAAUAAUUAAUACUAAUUCACAAAAGCAGCAAGAACAAACAGGACUAAAGCGAGUUUUUAUAAGAAAAACAAACAAAAAAUAACAAAAACUAAUUUUUGAGAAGAGCAGAAUUCCUGAAGAAAGUUUCAACAACACCAAAAGUAAUAGGAAGUAAUUAGUUUGCCGCGCACAAAUCAAUUGACCACCUAUUCCAUUAGCGCUACCAAUCAGGCAGAAAUUCUCUACGGCAGACUUCGCACUCAAUUAAAAUGGCAUUUUCGACACAAAAGGAAUUUUUUCAUGUGCCCUUUAUGAACGAAUCGGUCGAAUAUGAGUGCCGCAAAGCUUGUGUCAAGUUGAAGACCUAUCAGUCGACUAUCGAUGAUCGCUCAUGGGCAAUGGAUGAGUCCUUACAAUCGAGAUUCCUUUCGGAUUUAGUCACGUGUCAGUCACCGGUUGGGGGCAUCGGUUAUGGCGACGGUGGAGAGUACGAUGAUGAUAAUGCAGGGGAUGAACCAGAGCGCACAGGAGGACGCGCGAGAGGCUUGGGGCGCGGAGGCGGUGACCGAGGAGCGGUUGAUCGCGGAGGUAAGGGUCGCAGUGGCGAUAGCAGCAGAGACGGUGGCAAACGUGCUGGCGAUGAAGGCGGUCAUGUCGGUGGAUAUGGUAAGGGUGAUGACAUGGAUGCUGGAACUAGUAGUCGUGGUGGUGGUGCCCCCGGAAAAGGAGGUCGUGGGGGCGGCGGUCCCGGAGGUGGUCCAGGAGGAGGAGGUGGAGGAGGAGGAAGUGCAGGAGGAGCUGGCUCUGCUAGUGGUAGUGGGAGCGGCAAACGAGGUCAAGGGGAAAUGGUUGCUGCUGACAGUGUACUUGCAUGCGCCACCGAACAUAUGGGUCGCUUAGAGGAGCUGCUGUUGCACAAGAAAAAUCUCGAAAAGCAGUUGGAUGUAUCGAAUGAAAGAUUGAAAGUAGCCAACAUGGAGAACGAGAAGAUCAAAGCCAUUAUGAACGAUAAAUUCGAUAGCAAUCAUUCGAAGGAUUUCUACAACAAAAUACAGAAACUUACUUCGAGCAGCAAAAUCAGCAAGGGCGAGGAGAAUGAACUCUUGCAGAUCUACAAUAAAUUCGAGAAUAUGAGUAGGGCUUAUGAAGUUUUGCAAGCCGAGAAUGCCUACCUCAAGCGGCUAAUGGAGAAGCUAUCACUACGUGCAUCCUACGAAACAGUCAAAAUAGAGCCAGAAAAGAGUAGCGAUAUAGCGUUUCUCCAGAACGAAGUGAACAAGCUGCGUCAAGAGGUGCUGUUGUUGCGUAAAUUCGAGGAUGAGAAACUGAAGGAACGCGUGGAUAGCAAUCGGAAUAAAAUGUCCGAUCAAGAUAUUGGAACGCUCAAGGCGAUUAUUAAGGAGCGUAAUGCUUUGCGUGAUAAAUGUAAGACCUUCAAAGAUCUCGAAGCGAAGGUAAACGAGUUGCAAAAGAUAGCCAAGGAAGCCGACAAAAUGUCCGAUAGUUUAUCGAAUGACUUGGAUAGUCAAUCCAAGCACAUUGUCAAAAUGGAGUAUGAGAUGAAGCAAAUGCAGGAGUACUAUGAAAAUCAAAUCGACAAACUAAAGUUCGACGAAGAGGUGUUAAAGUGUCAUCUGGAGGAUAUGAAGAAAGAACUACAACACGCCAGAUGUAAAGCACAAAAAGCCGAAUGCCUGCAAAUGGAAAUCGGCUGUUUGCGCAACGAGCUGAUGCAACGAGAUUGGGCUCUGAACGAUUAUGACUGUCAGUAUAAGCAGUUAAUGAAUGUCAUCGACGAGCUCCAGGGUAAUGCCAUUCAAAAUCUGCACGAUACACAAACUCAAACAUGCGUCGAUUAUAUGAAUGACCUGACCUUCUUUGCGCGCGCCACACUGAGUGAAAUAAAAAAAGAACUGAAGAAGCGUGGCGGCGAUGGCGACAAAAUCGGUGGCGGCAUAUUUGGCGGACCUGCCAUUACCGACGGUCUUAGUCCCGAGGAUUGUUGCGCUGAGCUGCGUCGUUUACAAGAUAUCGUCAAACAGUUGACUAAACAAAAUGAAAUGUUGCAAAGUGAUGUAAACAAUGCUCAGGAUCAUAUUAUGAAUUUGAAGAAGGGUAAAGAUGACCUAAACAUACAUGCGAUGAAUAAACUGAACGAGUUCUCUGACCGCGUGGACAAAUUGGAUUCGGAUGUGGGUAAAACCGCAAAGGAUACGGCAGGUAUUGAUAGAGACUUACAAGAAUCAAUCAAACUAGUGAGGGACAUCAGCGACAUACAACUGAAGAACGCUCAAUUAACGAAUGCUGUAAAUGCGAUUACCACGCGCGAUGAUGAGAAAUUGAUUGCCGACCUUCGAAGGCAACUGCUCGAAGAACAAGCUAAGAAUAAGAAAUGUCUGGAAGAGAACAAAAACUUACAGGAUGCUCUUCUUAAACGAGGCAUCGAUCCAGAGUCAGCCAUAAAAGAAAUAAUAAAAGUUAGUGAUGUUACUGAGACCAAAAAAGCAGAUGCGCAGAAAGGCAGCCCUACUGCCGUUCAAGAAGCCCAAAGGAGUGGACCUGGCACCACACAAGAAGAUGCAAGUAAAGUCGGCGGUCCAGCUGCUGGUAAAAAAGAUGAACCUGCGGCGGGCAAGAUCAGCGAACCAGAAGCUGGUAAAAAAGAUGGACCUAGUGCAGCCAAGAUCGGUGAACCUGAAGCUGGUAAAAAAGGUGAACCCGAUGCUGGUAAAAAAGAUGGACCUGGCGCAGCCAAGUUCGGCGAACCUGAGGCUGCUAAAAAAGGUGAACCCAGUGUUGGUAAAAAAGAUGAACCAGGUGCAGGCAAGAUCAGCGAACCAGAGGCUGCUAAAAAAGGUGGGCCUGAUGCUCGUAAAGAAGAUGGCCCUGGUGCAACUAAAGACGGCGGUCCUGGUGUUGGUAAAAAAGAUGCCCCUGGUACAGGCAAGGAGAGUAGUCCUUAUGCUGACCAGAAAGGUGGACCAGAUGCUGGUAAAAAAGAUGGGCCAGAUGCUGGUAAGAAAGAUGGGCCUGGUGCAGCCAAAACUGGUGAAUCUGACCCAGGUAAAAAAGUUAUACCCGAUGCUAGUAAAAAAGAUGCACCUGAUGCACGACAAAUCGGGGAAUCUGAGGAUAAUAAAAAAGGUGGACCUGAUGCCGGUAAAAAAGAUAGCCCUGGUCCAGGCAAAUCCAGCGAGCCCGAUGCUGCUAAAAAAGGUGGGCCCGAUGCUGAUAAAAAAGAUGGUCCUGGUGCAGGCAAGGUCGACGUACCUGAGGCUGGUAAGAAAGGUGGACCCGCUGCUGGUAAAAAAGAUGGUUCUGGUGCAGGCAAGGCCGGUGAGCCAGAUGCUGCUAAAAAAGGUGGACCCGAUGCUGGUAAAAAAGAUGGGCCUGGUGCAGGUAAGGUCGACGUACCUGAGGCGGGUAAAAAAGGUGGACCCGAUGCUGGUAAAAAAGAUGGGCCUGGUGCAGGCAAGGUCGACGUACCUGAGGCGGGUAAAAAAGGUGGGCCCGCUGCUGGUAAAAAAGAUGAUCCUGGUGCAGGCAAGGUCGACGUACCUGAGACUGGUAAAAAAGGUGAACCUGAUGCUGAUAAAAAAGGUGGACCUGGAGCAGUUAAAAAGGAUGACCCUGGUAUAGGCAGGAGUGCAGAUCCUACUGCAGUUAAAAGAGAUGGGCCUACUGCAGCUAAAGACCGCAGUCCAGAUGAAGGUCAACGGGGUGGACCAGUCGCAGAUUCGAUUGGUGAUGAAGGCAAGGUGGCCGGGACAGAUGCUGGUAAAAAAGGGGGUCCUGGGGCAGGCAAGGUUGGCGCACCUGAGGCUGGUACGAAACGUGAAACUGAUGCUGAUAAAAAAGUUGACGGUGAUAAAGUUCGUUCGCUUGACGCUACUAAAAAGGAUAAACCUGGGACAGGCCAAAGCAGUGGCUCUGGAGCUGUUGAUAAAGGUGGACCAGGUGCAGAUAAAAUCAAAGGUUCAGAUGUUGAUGACAAAGGUGAUGCUGGUCAAAGAACAGGUCCUGCUGCCACAGCACAAGAUAGCGGUCCGGGGGCCGGUGGCUCUACUAGAGCCGCUCCUGGUACUAAACGGUCCGGCGGUGAUGGUAAAGCAGGAGGUCCUUCAGGUGACGAUUCUGCAGUUGCGGCCAGGGUAAGAGAUGCUAUUCGCGAAGGCGCACCCGGUAGAGAACCCCGGAGUGGGCCAAGUUCUAGUGGUGGUAAAGGACGUAAACCUAAAAUCUCAGAUGCACCAGCUGAUGACGCUUUCCAACAAUUUAUCGAUUCCAAUGCCAAUACAAUGAUAACGAAUAUAAACGCGGGCAGUGCACUCGAAAAGGAAUUGCGCGCUAUCCUGAAUGCAUUCAUGAUGGAAUGUGGCUUUUGUUUCUGCAAGAGCCUUGUGCCGAAGAGCAAAUUUUACGCCCUCUGUCACAAGCUAUUGCACAACGGCAUACAAUGUAUGUCCUUCCGCGAAUUGGCUUAUAUGCAUAGGAAAGUGUUCAUGGCCGCAGACAAACUGCAUCCAGGGUGUCUAAUAGAUCUGAUACUCACCGAGCAGGGUUUCAAGGAUGGGGAGGGUUUCAAGUGCUGCCAUUGCAAAAACGCUCUCUGCUGCAGCAGCUCGGAGGAGAUGCUCAAACAAAUGGUAUGCAAGUUAGAGCGCGACGUUGAAAUGGCCCAAGAAAAAUUGGAUAGUUUGAGGAUGCAACCCAGAUCACCCAAGAGCCCAUAUACAACACGCGGCAAGACGUACCGGCAAAUGGAAGACAGCUAUUCAGAAGCUGUGGAGGAACUUCUAACAUGUCGAGAAACGAAACCGGUUCUGUCCAAAAUGCAAAGCAAGCAGAUGAAAACACUGAAGGCGCGCAUCAUGAAAUGCUCCGAAUUGUUGCGGUGAAAACUGUGAAUUUCUCCUUUACAUUUUGCUGUACGUUAAUGGCGAUGUUUAAUAUUUUUGUGUGUGUGGGAAACCAAACAAGCUUUUCAUGCUAACACAAUAUCUAUUUUUAGUUUUUUUUUUGUAUAUGUUCAUCGUACCAGUUUCAAUUGCUUCCAAUUGAUUAUUUUGCAUUUCGUGGUGUGUUCGCAGAAAAACUCACACAAAUGGUUCCCCUCAUACACACAUUCAUACAUACAUAUGCGAACGAUCAUGUAUUUAAAUAUGUACUUCUUGUAUAUACGAGAUUAUGUUUCCACUCGUUUUGCUUAAGGAAAUUCUAUUAAUUCCCCAGCCACAGCAUUGGAGAAUGAACCUAAUUUCAUAAGCAAGGAUUGCGAAAACAGGUAUAUACAUAUAUAAGUACAUAAUUCAUGUAUGUAGGUAAGACCACCACAUCCGCGAAAGUAUUUUGGGGAUAUUUUGAAAAUAAUAAUUUGAAGCAAAAAAAUAAAAAAAUAUAAUUCAGUUUUAACGAAAUCUAAGGAACUAUUUUUAAUAUACAAAGGAAAAUGACUAAU